AUGGCAAUUCUCUCCAACAAACUCCCAGUCGGGGUCAGGUUCCUUCCCACAGACCACGAACUCCUCGAUUACUUUCUCCGCACCAGGAUUGCCAUGGGUGACCACUUUCACUCCGAUUUCGUCGCCGAUUGUCCUCAUUUUUACGUAGACAAUGAGCCCUGGGUUGUCUGGCAAAUCCACGGCGGCGGUGAGUCCAAGAAAGUGGAGGAUGAAAAGACCAUCUAUUUCUUCACCCAUCGGAGAAGGCUGAGUCCCACCGCCAAGCGAUUUGAUCGGAAAGUGGGUUCCGGCACUUGGAGCCGGCACUUGGAGCGUUUGAGAAAGAACCCUAGAAAGGCACCACCAACCCCAACUGCUCAGGGGAGCAAUGUUGUUGAAAAUACCAGAGUAGUUAAUGAUAAAAAGAGAAAGAGCAUUGUGGAUCAACCCAGAAAGCCAAAAUCGAAAAAGCAGAAGAAGGAAGGGAGUUGUCAUCAGGAAGAAGGCAGCAGUACUCUUCAUCCCAAUUACGAGUUGCCCUAUCCACAAAUGGAUGAUCUAGAUUUUUAUUUUCCUGAGAUUUAUCCAGAGCUGUUUGUUGAUGAUGAGCGUGAUUUAUUUACUAUGGAUGAAUUACUUGGACAGAGUUGGGAGGAGGGCAACAACUUCAAUUUGGUUACAGGAGUACCACUUCUUUGA